AUGGCGUUUGCCUCCGUAUUUUCCACAACAAUUCACAACUUCAAACCACUCUCCUCUGCCCGCCCCAACACGAAUCCAAACCAGCAACGUUACUCCACUAAGAGCACGAAAACCCGGACGCUAAAAGCCCGAAAAUAUCCACCUCCGCCGCCGCCGCUCCUCUCCUCCACCGAUGCCGGCGGAGACGCCACCACCUUCACCCGUCUUCCCCCGAAAGAUGAUUUCAGCCCUGAUAGUCCAGCUUCACAGUCACUCGCUGAGGUAAUCAAACUCUCUCAAUCUACACCCGCAGCCGUUAAACCUAACAAUUUUGACAAAGAGCGCGUCAGGCGCUCUGUUCAUGAUGGUAACGAGGUGAAUGAUGAAUUUAACGAUUGGGAUGAGGAAAACGGCGAGAAACUGCAGGUUGAUUAUGGAAAAUUCGAACUGUACGAAAUUGGGUCCGACGAAGAAGAAGAAGAUGGUGUUGACGAUGAAUUUGACGAAGAAGAAGAAGAACAGGGUUUAAUCACAUCAGGAACCCAAGAGGAGGAAAUCAAAGAGAAAGAGAAAGGACUGCCGGCGGUCAUGAGAUGUUUCGACAGGGCAAAAAUAUACGUGAAAGCUGGGGACGGCGGGAAUGGGGUGGUGGCCUUCAGGAGGGAGAAAUUCGUGCCACUUGGGGGCCCAUCUGGAGGGGACGGGGGCAGGGGAGGGAAUGUUUACGUGGAGGUGGACGGAACCAUGAACUCACUGCUUCCUUUCAGGAAGAGAGUUCAUUUCCGGGCGGGCAGGGGGACACACGGGCAGGGCCAGCAGAAAAAUGGAUCCAAGGGUGAGGAUGUGAUUGUCCGGGUCCCGCCUGGGACUGUCGUGAAGGAGGCUGGUGGAGAGAAUGUGUUCUUCGAGCUGCUGAACAGUGGCCACAGGGCGCUCCUGCUGCCGGGAGGGAAAGGGGGCAGGGGCAACGCGUCUUUUAAGACUGGGACCAACAAGGUGCCCAAGAUUGCCGAGAAUGGAGAGGAAGGACCCGAGAUGUGGCUGGAGUUGGAGCUGAAGUUGGUGGCUGAUGUGGGGAUUGUUGGGGCUCCGAAUGCUGGGAAAAGCACAUUUCUGAGUGUCAUAAGUGCUGCUCAGCCAGCCAUUGCAAAUUACCCCUUUACGACAUUGCUUCCGAAUCUUGGUGUUGUCUCAUUUGAUUAUGAUGCGACAAUUGUAGUUGCAGAUCUGCCCGGGCUUCUCGAAGGCGCUCAUCGGGGUUUUGGGUUAGGCCAUGAGUUCCUUCGACACAGUGAGAGGUGUUCUGUUCUGGUACAUAUAGUUGAUGGUUCGUCACCACAACCUGAGUAUGAGUUUGAUGCUGUUCGCCUUGAGCUGGAGAUGUUUAGCCCCGAACUUGCUGAAAAGCCUUAUAUAGUCGUGUAUAACAAAAUGGAUCUACCUGAGGCAUCAGAAAACUGGCCAUCAUUCAAGGAAAUGCUGAAAGCACGUGGUAUUGAGCCUUUCUGUAUGAGUGCAGUCACUAAAAAUGGCACACAGGACGUUAUAAAUUCGGCUUAUGAGCUUGUCCCUAAAAACGCAGCGAAUAAAGAUCAAGAUACGAUGGAUCCAGAAGAUUUGAAUUAUGUGGCUGAUAUGAUGCGAAAGCAAAGGUCAGCUCCUAUAAGUGAAUUUGAUAUAUCACACGAUAGCAGCACCGAAACAUGGCAUGUGGUGGGAUCAGGUUUGCAGCGUUUUGUCCAGAUGACCAAUUGGAGGUACAAAGAUUCUGAGCGAAGGUUUCAACAUGUUCUGGAGGCAUGUGGCAUCAAUAAAUCACUCAUGAAGCUAGGCGUAAAGGAAGGCGACACUGUCAUUGUUGGAGGGAUGGAGCUGGUUUGGCACGAUGCGCUAGACAAUAUAGCCCCUUUGGGUAGGCAGAAAUGGGCAGCAGAGUCAUUUGAAUGA